UCCUCUUUCCUCGGAGGAAACUUUCCGUCCGCUCGGUUGGCGGCCGGGCCGCGGCUCCAGCGCCCCCAGGACUACCUAACCCCCGCCGGACGGGGCGGACAGGACUUCCUCUGUCCCUUUCCCGCCAUGGAGGCGCUGGGCAGGUCGGGGGGCGCUCCCUGAGCCGAAGCCGUGUCUGGAGCCUCUGAGCCGCGCCGACCUAUUCAGGGACAGUCCACCCUCUCCCCUCCUCAGAAGAAACAUGGAGGUCCGGAAACGGGACAUGGAACUGCUCAGUAACAGCCUAGCAGCCUACGCAUACGUCCGAGAUAAUCCUGAGAGUUUCGGCCUCUACUUUGUCCUGGGCAUAUGCUUUGGGCUCUUGCUGACCCUUUGCUUGCUGGUCAUCCGGAUCUCCUGCCAACCCCACCCUAGGCCUUCUGGGAAAAGUCCCCCCAAAAUCUCCCGAGACUUGCAGGAUGGGGAUGAGGAUGAAGAUGAGGAUGAGACGGACACCAUGACCCGGCUGGGCCCUGAUGAUGCUGGGUCAGGCCCAGAACUGACCCCGGAGAUGGACAGUCCCCUCAGUGUCAAUGUCUUCACCUCUUCGGAGGAGCUAGAACGAGCCCAGCGGCUGGAGGAGCGGGAGCGGAUCCUCCGGGAAAUCUGGCGUACUGGGCAGCCCGACCUCCUGGGCACCGGCACUGGCACCGUGGGUAGGCUUCAUUAUUAUUGACGGACCUCCCCACCUGCAAGGGACUCUGGGGAUUGACUUGCAAAUGAGCCACCUUUCCCUUAGAGGCUAGGGGACGACUCCUUCCUGCUCCCCCAAGUCUCUUGACUGGAUCAGUUCUCUUCCACGGUGCUAAAGCUGAAUUCCCUCUUGGGGGAUGAGAUCCUCGAUUCCCUUAAUGGAUUCCAAGGAAUAGGGACGGGAGGACGAGUCUCUGUCCUGGGAGCUUUAAGGAGGUGACCAAUGAAAACCACCUCAUCAACUCUCCACCUCUGUCCUCCCCUCCAUGCACGGCUCUCUCCAGAAGAGAGAAAACUUGCGGGGCUGAUCUUCAGGUUGAGGAGGAGCACACUGGAGUCAGUUUCUAAACUGAUUGCCUUCCGUGGCUCCCCAGAGAAAGGGACUCUUGGCCUUUUGGGCGCUUGCGGGGAGCCCGGACUGAAAGCUGAAAGAAGAUAUGCCCCCCCCCCCCACCCAAGCAGUUCCCCGAGCAAAGAGAAUCCGGCCUCCCUCCCACAGACCUUCUUCCCCUCCCACCCCAAACCCACUCUGCCGACCUCCCUUACAAAAAUGUUUUGUUUCUUUUUUACCACGCCCCUAUUUCCGCCUUCUUUCCCAGGCUUUGGAAGGACACUGACCUUGAGCGCUUGGCUAAGAUUAGCUAUAUGUAGUGUGAUUGCCUGCUGUGUACUAGUGCUUUUAUUGGGUUUCUGAUAUGUAUCUAAGGCCGUGGGCUUUUCUUUGUGUCUGCGGGUGAGGGGUAACGUCCUUCCCCCUAAGGGAAAAAGGGGCGAUGUGUGUCUGGUGCAGUGGCGAGUGUAGGCAGUGAUGGUUGUCCGAGCUUCUGGAGAAGCAUGGGAUGGAUGUCUGGGGGAAAUAUGGUGGCGGAGGGGGUGGAACUGCGUGGCUCAGUCUCGCAGUGAGGGUUGCGGGUGUUUGGAGUGGAGUUUGAGACUGAGUUCCUGCAGUUCUGUAUUGGGGUGGGGGGGGCUGCCGCGUACUGUGUGUGAGGAAUAUGUAUAACUGUUUCUCCUGGGCUUCUCCAGAUGUGUUCCGGGCUGGGCUUCGGAGUCCAGGUCUGGGGGAGGGCCGAGGCAGGCCUAGGCCCCACGAACCCCCUUUGGCCCCCUGGAGGAGGUGGAGCCACUUCCCCACGUGCCAGGCUUGGCCAGUCCUUCUCCAGCCCAGCCACGUCCGGGCGGAUAAAAAUAGCCCCGCGGCCCUGGCGCUAAUAGGAGCCACAUGUUCGCCAGAUGUGCCCGUCCGCUGGGAAGAGGGGGACAGCGAGACACGCCCAUCCGAGGCGGGAUCUAGCAAAGAAGGCCGCGCCCCUUCCCCCAAUAAGCCCCGCCCCUGGAAGGCGUGAUUACAAAUACAAUUUUA